AAGCUUGGCUCUUCUCCGUGAUUUUUUUUUUUUUUCGCCAUGAGCUGCUUGGAUGUGAUGUACCAAGUGUUUGGUCCUCAGCCUUAUUUCAGCUCCUACAGUCCUUAUCACCACCAGAAACUGGCUUUGUAUUCCAAAAUGCAAGACCCCCAGGACGGCAGCGGUGGCAGCCGGCUGGGCCCCGCCGGUCCCUCGGGGCCCCUGGCGAUUAAAGAGGAGGACAAGGAUCUGCCGCCGGGCGCCGAGUACCUGAGCUCCCGCUGCGUCCUGUUCACCUACUUCCAGGGAGACAUCAGCGCCGUGGUGGACGAACACUUCAGCCGAGCCCUCAGCCAGCCGACCGCUUACACCACCGCCGCCGCCGCCGCUGCAGCCGCCUCCACCAGCCACAAGGCCGUAAGAGAUGGAGCAUUCCCGAUGAACCAAAGAAGUUUUCCUCCGUCUUUCUGGAACAGCUCCUACCAGCCGUCCGGCGCUCUGUCAGCUCCGCACUCAGAGCUCUCCUUCCCUUCCUCCGACCCGUACUCCUCCGCCUCGCUGCACAGCCACCUCCACCAGCCGAGCCCGGACGCCUGGCACCCGUCCCACCACCACCACCAUCACCACCACCACCCCUACUCACUAGGGGGCAGUAUAAGCACCCAGAGUUCGGCGUAUUCUCGUCCCGGCGUUCACGAGAUGUACGGAGCGGCGUUCGACCCGCGCUACGGCUCGCUGCUGGUGCCGUCGGUGAGGUCUCAUCACCGGCUGACGUCCGGCAGCUCGGUACCGGGGCCGAGCAGCUCGCCGUGUGACAUCGGGGGGAAGGGGGAGUCGGGGACGGGGUCGGGUUGGAGCGGCACCUUCACCGGAGCGGGAGCAGAGAUCGGACUCAACAUGGACACAGGUCUGCAGACACAGGAUAAGACCAAGGAUUUGUAUUGGUUUUAA